UCAAACCCUUGAAAGCAUCAACUGAGGUUAGCAAUUUUUAAAUACCUUCAAAUGAGUUCAAUGAAAAAGUUAUCGUUUGGAAAACUCAAAGCAUAGCAAUUUUGUAAUGUUUAUAGUGCAAGUAGUUGUCGGCGUUUGAUACAAUUAAUUCCACGGAAAAUAUAAUGCCUCCUAAGUUAAAAUUUGCAGAAGGGGAAAAAGUGCUGUGUUUUCAUGGACCCCUUAUUUAUGAAGCCAAAUGUUUAAAGUCGACAAUAACCAAAGAAAAACAAGUUAAAUAUUUUAUUCAUUACGCUGGAUGGAAUAAAAAUUGGGACGAAUGGGUCCCGGAAAGCAGGGUAUUGAAAUACAAUGAGGCUAACGUCGCUAGACAGAAAGAAGUUCAAAAAGCUCACUCGGCACAACCCAGUAAGUCUAAAAAGAACACGAAAAAAACCAGCAGCACAAAAGCUGAUUCCGUUAAAGAUGGUGAUUCCAGGGCUAGCACUCCCGUUGCUGAAAUGGGCAAAGGGACAAAGAAAAAAGAGGUUAGCACCCCGUCAAGCGGUCAGGAUUCCAGUUCUGACGUGCCAAGAAAAAAAAGAGGUAGAGUCGAUCCGUCGGUUGAAGCAGAAGAACAGUUUCUAAGUAAAGUGGAAAUCAAAGUAAAAAUACCAGACGAGCUUAAGCCUUGGUUAGUGGACGACUGGGAUGUGAUCACGAGGCAGAGAAAGCUGUUGAAUUUACCAGCCAAAGUAACAGUAGACCAAAUUUUGGAUAACUAUCUGACGUACAAAAAAUCGAUCAAAUCGAACAACUCCAGCAAAGAGUCGGCCACCAUAGAGAUAGUAAAAGGUAUCAAAGAGUAUUUUAAUGUGAUGCUGGGCACGCAGCUGCUGUACAAAUUCGAGAGACCCCAGUACGCCGAGAUCCUCCAGACCUACCAGGACAAGCCCAUGUCCGAGAUCUACGGCGCCAUCCACUUACUACGCUUAUUCGUCAAACUAGGUGCCAUGCUCGCUUAUACCCCGCUCGACGAGCGCAGCAUCCAGCUGUUGCUGCAGAACAUCCAGGACUUCCUGAAGUACCUCAUCAAGAACAGCGCACAGCUGUUCAACUUGCAGGACUACGGCAACGCCCCGCCGGAGUACCACAGGAAAGCCCUGUGAUACAAGGAGGACCUAGACUGGGACAGCUGCGAUUGAGGCAGCCAUCGUCGCCAUUUUUUUUAAGGUUUUCAUUUUUUUGUGUGAGUUUGUGUUGUUCAGUGAGGGUUUCGAGUUUGCCUAACGUUUAUGUUUUGUCGUAGGGAAUAAUUGACGUUACUGAUUCUCUCAUUUAUAUAUUUCUAGAUGGAUAAACAGUCGGUAUAGGGAUGUAAGUACCAGAUACCAAUCCCCUAAAAAAAAUCCCAAGUCACCCUUGUUUAUAGUAUAAAUAGAGGUGACAGGAAUUUUUUUGUUGUUGCUGUCUUGACGUUCACUUUACAUAUUCCAACGAAGUAAACAGUGAUCAAGCACGUAACUGCAAAACUAUUGGUCAAAAUUAAUUAUGUCACUCGAAAUCAUGGAAAUUUUAAGAUGCAAGUCGUGGGAGAAAAAGUUGCAGUCAGACCGAAAAUUUAAUUAUAUUCGCUUUUUUAAUAUAGGACUGUACUUAAAAGUUUUUUCAACAACACUCUUGAUGAUUGCUAAAAGAUACCUAAAACAAAUGAGCAAACACUUUAAAAUUAUUUAUUUUAAAAUACCUGCUUAUAUUUAAAAAAUGAAGUCAUGUUGAAUCAAAAACGAAACGUCACACAAAAACUGUUAUGUAUUGGGGGUUUUAAAAAUUUGAUAAAGCCUCUUGUUUUAGUUCUUUCUGCGUAUCUAAAAAGAAUUUAAAAAUUAUUACUAGUAUUUGCACCAGUCCUUCGAUGGUCAUUGCAUUCGCUAAUCAAGGUCAACGAAAAUCACUUUCUUCAAUGUCGACAACGGAGUGAAAUAGCUGGUCUAUAUAAACUCUAGUAACUGCGGUUACAAAAUGAUCGGGUUGUUUAGGUGUCGUCCACUGAAACGAUACAUCGGUAAUUUAAGUUUUACCUAAAUUAAUGCAAUAAAUGAUAACAAUCAUGACGAUCCUUUCAAUGUUGAAUAUUUUAGACGAUUCGAAUAUUAUCAAGUAAAAUUUUGUUUCUGACGCUAGAAUUUUCGAAAAAUCAAAAAUAAGCGUUACUCGAAAACCCUCGCCUUCUGAUUUAUGUGCAUUAUCCGCAUUUAGAUUAGGUACAUUUUAUAGUUGAGGACAUAUUUUUAAAGCAUCGUUAAAAAGUAAUUGUAUUAAUAUUUUCAGUUCGCGCUAGAGGUAUGUAAUAUGACUGUAUGAUGUAAAUAUAUUAACCCCUAAUCUUAAAGACAUUACUUAAAAUUGAUACCUGUACGUAUUAGCGAUUUUUGGACUGUUUCACUUUAUUUAUAAGGAUUAUUUUCGGCGUAAAGAUCAAAGAUCUAGAUUUAAGCUUGAUUUAAUUGUCUUAAUAAAGAUAUUGUUUUUUACAA